GAGACGUCAUCAGGCUGCGCCGCUCAUCACACGUUAGCAGCAGCAGCUCAGGUGUGUCGGGUUUCGGCAGGUGUGUCGGUGAGGAUGUCGGUGUUUCACGACGAGGUGGAGAUCGAGGACUUCGAGUACGACGAGGACACGGAGACGUUCCAUUUCCCGUGUCCCUGCGGGGACAGAUUCGCCAUCACGAAGGAGGACCUGGAGAACGGUGAGGAGGUGGCGACAUGUCCCAGCUGCUCUCUGAUCGUCAGAGUGAUCUAUGAUAAGGAGUUGUUCGUGUCCGGAGAAGUGGUUGAAGCUCCGUCAGAGUCCAGACUGGAGCUGCUCCAGUCCUGAACGUUAAACCGGUAAACUGUUAAACUGUUAAACCACAGACUGCUGCUUGUUUAUCACCCUGAGGCGUUCAGGUGUUGCUGGGAAACAUCAGGGAUCCUGAAGAACAGGAAACUGGAGCGACGAUUUGAGAAGAAAGUUCCACAAAGACGAGGAGAAGUUCGAUCCAGAUCAAUCAGAGGAGAGUUUUUAGAAGAAGGAAUGACGACAAUCGAUCGAUUAAUGAACAAUUUAACCAAAAGAUGAAAGACGAUGCGUUGUCGAUCAGCUGUAGUACCUGGUUGAGCCACCAGGCGAAAAGAAGAAGGUCAUGCAUGGACCAAAACAUGUCGUAGAUCAGCUAUAAUACCCAGUUAUUCCACCUAGUGGAAGAACCAGGUAUUACAGCUAAUUUACGAUACAUUUACUAACAUGUACGCCCUUCUUCUUUUUCUACCGUAUUGCUCGAUAUAUUUUUUUAAUAAAUAUUUAACUUGUUAAAAAAAUAGAAGAUGAGGGUAAAUAUAUAAGAAAACUUAUCGUAGAUCAGCUGUAGUACCUUUGUCUUCCCCCUGGUGGAACAACCAGGUACUACCGCUAAUUUACGAUACAUUUUCUAACAUGCAUGACCUUCUUCUUUUUCUGCCGUAUUGGUUAAUACAUUUUUAAACAGACAAAUUGAGGGAUAAACGUGAUAAAAUAUGGCGUACAUCAGCUGUAGUACCUCGUUGUUCCACCAGGAGGCAGAAGAAGGUCAUGCAUGUAUGAAAACAUGUAGAUCAGCUGCAGUACCUUCUUCUAAUCCUUUUUUUUUUUUAGCUAAAUCGUUAACGUUAGUCAAGUUUCCAAUUUAACUGUUUAAAAACUUUAUUCACCAGUAAGGCGAAGAAGAAGGUCGUGCAUGUUGAUCAAUUGUUCUUCUGCCCCCUGGUGGAACAACCAGGUACUACAGCUUAUUUUCAACACGUUCUCUAAAAUGCACCACCUUCACCUUUUAAUGCUUUGUUGGUUCAUAUAUUUUUAUCUUGUUAGCAUUUAAUGAAGCCAUACUCAUGAUUGCCCCCUAGAGGGUGCCCUGUUCUAGAGCCGGAACAAUGACGACACAUCUGGAAACCAACGAUGGAGGCAGCAUCCAGGGUUUCAGCUUCUUCCUCUGACUUCCUGUUGUUCUAAAGUCACUUUUUAGUCCAAAUUUCCAACCUGGACAAAGUCCCAGUGAAGGACUUUUCUGAGUAAAAACCUAAACGUUUAAAAUGCUCCUCUGUGAAUAUUUAUACUUUAUUUAAUGAGAUUAAACUCAUCUGUCUGGUUUCA